AUGUUACCUUUUCAUAAGCUAUCUCACCACAUUUCACAAUUACAAGCAUUGGUUUCUUCAUUCCACAAAUCAAUAACAUCACUACAAAACCCACUUAUUCCUUUGGAACUUCUAGCAAAAGCACUAGACCAAAACCCUGAUAUCAAAACCUUGAAAAAUCUCCACUCAAAGAUUUUUCAUCUCAAUUCACACCAAAAUCCAUCUCUAGGGAUCAAACUAAUGAGGGCAUACUCCGCUUGUGGAGAACCCAACUUGACACGCAAGUUGUUUGAUGAAAUGUGUGAGAGGAAUGUUAUUUUCUACAAUGUCAUGAUUAGAAGUUAUGUGAAUAACCACCACUACAAUGACGGGCUGUUUGUUUUUAAUGACAUGGUUAAUGGAGGGUUUAGACCUGAUAAUUAUACAUACCCUUGUGUUCUUAAGGCUUGCUCUUGCUCUGAAAAUUUGAGCUAUGGGCUGCUGAUUCAUGGAGCUGUGUUAAAGGUUCGGAUGGAUUUGAAUUUGUUUGUUGGUAAUGGUCUUAUUGCUAUGUAUGGGAAAUGUGGAUGCUUGGUUGAGGCGCGGCGUGUGUUUGAUGAAAUGUUGUGUAGAGAUGUUGUUUCGUGGAACUCGCUGGUUGCGGGGUAUGCGCAAAAUAUAAGGUUUGAUGAUGCGUUGGAGAUUUGUAGGGAAAUGGAGGAUUUAGGACAAAGACCGGAUGCUGGUACGAUGGCUAGUCUCAUGCCAGCUGUAGCGAACACUUCGGUGGAGAAUGUUUUGUAUGUUGAGAAGAUUUUUGUGAAUUUGGAGAGGAAGAAUUUGAUAUCGUGGAAUGUGAUGAUAAGAGUUUAUAUGAAAAAUUCUAUGCCCAGAAAUGCUGUGGAUUUGUAUUUGCAAAUGGAGAAAAGUGGAUUGAAACCGGAUGCAAUCACAUGUGCUAGUGUACUUCCAGCAUGUGGGGAUCUUUCGGCAUUGUUGUUGGGAAGGAGGAUUCAUGAAUACAUUGAGAGGAAGAAAUUACGUCCAAAUUUGCUACUGGAAAAUUCUUUGAUCGACAUGUACGCUAGGUGCGGAUGUUUAGAAGAUGCAAAAAGAGUGUUUGACAGAAUGAAGUUCCGCGAUGUUGCUUCAUGGACUUCAUUAAUAUCUUCUUACGGUAUGACUGGGCAAGGAUGUAAUGCUGUGGAACUCUUCACAGAAAUGCUAAAUUCAGGCCAAACUCCAGAUUCUAUUGCAUUCGUUGCAAUUCUCUCCGCUUGUAGUCAUUCAGGAUUAUUGGAUGAAGGGAAGUUUUACUUUAAACAGAUGACAAAUGAUUUUAGAAUAACACCAAGAAUCGAACACUAUGCUUGUUUGGUUGAUCUAUUAGGACGUGCCGGCCAUGUAGACGAGGCCUAUAAUUUUAUCAAACAAAUGCCAAUUGAGCCAAAUGAAAGAGUUUGGGGGACACUUCUUAGCUCUUGCAGGGUAUAUUCAAACAUGGAUAUUGGACUUUUAGUAGCUGACAACCUACUUCAAUUAGCUCCUGAGCAAUCCGGUUACUAUGUUUUGUUAUCUAAUAUUUAUGCCAAGGCUGGUAGAUGGAAAGAAGUAACGGAUAUCCGAUUAGUAAUGAAGAGAAGAAAAAUUCGGAAAACUCCUGGCAUCAGUAAUGUUGAGCUAAACAAUCAAGUUCAUACAUUUCUUGCAGGCGACACAUUGCAUCCACAGUCAACGGAAAUAUAUGAAGAGCUAAGUGUGCUGAUGGGGAAAAUGAAAGAGUUAGGAUAUGUGCCUGAGACUGAUUCAGCACUUCAUGAUGUGGAGGAGGAGGAUAAGGAAUACCAUCUAGCUGUUCACAGUGAAAAGUUAGCUAUUGUGUUUGCACUUUUAAAUACACAAGAGUCUCAAAUCAGAAUUACCAAAAACCUUCGUGUUUGUGGAGAUUGUCACAUUGCUGCAAAGUUAAUCUCCAAAAUAGUUGAACGUGAAAUUAUUGUUAGAGAUACUAAUAGAUUCCACCACUUCAAGGAUGGUGUUUGCUCUUGUGGUGAUUAUUGGUGA